UGUGUGUGUGUGUGUGUGUGUUUAUCUGUAUGUGUCAUGGAAAGCUCAGGAAUUUCCAAGCUCAUGUGAGGAACCUUAAAAGAGCUCACAGUCGAAGGUUUCCCCAACUGCCACCUACACAGUAUACGCAUCUAAAGAAGAGGAAAAGGGGAACUGCUCACGGCUUCAGUCUCCUCCUUCAUCAUAUGUGCCUAUAUCUAGGCAUGUCUUCAUCACUCUCUCUCUCUCUCCCUCAAGUGCUCUGUCACCACUUUUUCAGUCUAAUCCUUACCUUCACCAUGAUGACCUUCAAAAUCCAGUGUGCCAUAGGUUUCAGCGUGUGGCUUAUCCUGCACUGUGGACUUGCCCCUGCUGGUGCAGUGCCCCUGAAAGCUGGUUGUGAGGUGAUUGGUGAAGAGCUUGAGGAUUUCCACGCUCAGGGAGAAGCUAUGGCCAUCACAUUCCCGACUCUGGAAGCUAACAUUUGGUACAGGAAACUGCCUGUAGACAACAGCUCCACAUUCCAGUUGUUCCACAGCAAGCAUCAUGACCUCAGAAACCAGGGUCACAGGGUUGUGCAGAAGGGUCGGGCCCUCUGGCUCCUCCCUUCUCUGCCCUCAGACUCGGGAACGUACACCUAUGUGUUAAGCAGCGACACGUUCUGCCUUACUGGAAGCUUCACUGUGACCAUCUAUGAGAAAGGAAGAGAAGACAUGGAGAUGAUGUCACAUCCUGUUUCUGCAAAGCCAGACAAGGACCUGACCAUCGAAUGUCCACACACAAAUCAUUUCAACAGGCUGGAAAGUCCACGCUGGUUCAAGGGUUUUCAUGCUGGUGUCCCGUUGAUGAACGGGACUCAUUAUGAAAUAUUAUCAGGAAACGCUCUUACCAUCAGAAACGUUUCUGCAGAGGACGAGGGCCUGUACACCUGCUGGCUGACGGUGAUUUUCAACAAUGCACAAUACAACGUUAGCAGGACCUGGAAACUACAAGUGUUAUCUCCAGUCACCAGCGUACCCGAGUCACACACAGAACCCACCACCAAAUCACAAGACGUUACUCUGACAACUCCCAGCCUACAGCCCCCUUACAUAACCACUCCUGUAAACGGCUCUGUGAUUGAAAGUCGUCAUGGCUCCAGUUUGGUGAUACAGUGUGAGGCGUUUGUGGGCGACGGAUCACCCGACAUCACUGAGCUCACCUGGCUGGUGGACGGCCAAUUGGUGGACACCUCUUAUCUGCGUGGCCGAGCAUUUCAGGAAGCAAGGAGGGUGUCAGCUGGCCGUGUGGAGGCGCUGCUGUUCUUCCUGGAAGUGCAUGAGGAGGACACGAGGGCCAAGCUGAAGUGUGUCGCUCAAAACUUAUCAGGAAAACAGGAGGUUGUUAUACAAAUUAAACUGGAAGACUCCAUGCUGGCGUGGUUAGUGGUGGCUCCUGUUGCCUCCUGCUUCUUCAUGCUGGUGGUGUGUGUGUUCCUGCGUCUGCUGUGCCGCAAACAACACAAACACAAUGACUACAUCCUGGCUCGACAGAACAGCAUCUUUUAAAUGCCUUUUGUCUUUCCAACACACACAAUUUUACCCUUCCUCAGGGUUAGAUUAGUUUUUUUUUUAUACGUCAGUACGUGUAACAGAGCAUAAAUAGUGACUGCACAUAUAACACCAUGUAUAUAGUCUUCAAUAAAAAAAAGUA